AUGCCAUCCACCAAAUUCGGCAAGAACCUCCCGCACGGCGUGUACGCGCCCGUCCUCACGUUCUACAAGGGCAACGACGAGGAACUCGACCUCGAGACGUACAAAAAGCAUGUGCAGUUCGUCGCAAGGGGAGGAGUCAACAUCGUCGCUUUGGGCUCUAUGGGAGAGUCCGUCCAGCUCACCCACCAAGAGCGCAACCAAGUCGUCAAAGCCGCCCGCUCCGCUCUCGACGCCGACUCCUCCCUCUCCCAGGUCCCCUUGAUUGCUGGCACGGGCGCAAGCUCGACAAAGGAGACGAUCGAGUUGACCAAGGAGGCGGCAGAGGCUGGCGCGGACUUUGCCAUGGUCAUCUCGCCUGGGUACUUUGCGGGCGCGAUGAGCCGGAAGGCGAUCAAGCAGUUCUUUGUCGACGUUGCGGAAGCCAGCCCGAUCCCCGUUCUCGUGUACAACUACCCGGGCGCCUCCGCCGGCAUCGACAUUGACAGUGACUUGAUGGCCGAGAUUGCCGCUGCUGCGCCCAACAUCGUUGGCUGCAAACUCACCUGCGGCAGCGUCGGAAAGCUCACCCGGCUCACGACCCUGCGCGACGACUUUGCGGUGCUCGGCGGCUUCAUCGACUUCCUCGGCCCUUCGCUCCUCGCCAAGGCUGCUGGCGGCAUCACGGGCGUCGGCAACGUUGCACCUAAAACCUGCGCCAAGCUGUACAAGGACACGCUCGCCGCGCUUUCAGGCCAGGCAUCCGUCUCCUCCGCCCAAGACCUGCAGUUUAUCGUCUCGCGCGCCGACUGGGCGCUGGCCAAGACGGGUAUCGCAGGCGCCAAGUGGGUGCUCGACCAGCUCGAGGGGUACGGGGGCAAGCCGCGCAGGCCGUUGCUGCCUUUCGACGAGUCGGACGGCAAGGGCAAGCAGUUGCUCGACGACUUGAAGGAGAUCCUCGAGGUCGAGAAGAGCCUGUGA